AUAAACGCACACCUCACUCCAAAAUUGGAAAACCAUGUUCCAAAACCACAAACAGCACAGCCAAAGCCACUAGUUUUAUUGAGCACUUACCUAUAUAUAACAAUAGAUGUGAUCAUCCAUCCUAAGUAAUUCAACCAACAUAAAAACCAAGUCUUUGUAAAAGCACUAGCCUUCUUAAGCAAAUUAAACCUUCACAAACUUAGCCUAAAAGUUUAAAGAAUCAAGAUUGAAAAAUGAGUUCAACAAGCAGGGCAUGGGUUACAGCAGUGAGCUUGGGAGUAGUAGAGGCACUAAAAGAUCAAGGAGUUUGUAGGUGGAACCACACCAUCAGAGCCGUACAUCAACACGCCAAGAACAAUUUACGGUCAUAUUCACAAGCCAAGAAGCUCUCUUCUCAAUCUUCUUCAUUGGUUUCUACAAACAAAUUAGAAUUGAAGGAGAAGGUGAAGAAAUCUGAAGAGUCUCUUAGGAAAGUUAUGUAUUUGAGCUGUUGGGGUCCCAAUUGAAUUCCAACAAUUAA